CCGCAUGGGCGGCCCGGGCAUGGCUGGGAACUGGGACAGAUGGCGGUAGCGAAGUGCCGCAGCUUCCCUGCUGCAGAAUGGAACCAGACAGGCCUGAUGAUACCCACUGCCGGAAUUGAUGCUGGUGCCUACAUGAGGAGUUUGCAUGGAGUGUCAGAUGGUGACUUCCUACGCCAUUGGAGUUUGCAGAGACCGCCCUUACCAGAGUACCGUCGAGCCAGCGAAGAGAUUUGUGUGUCACACAGUUUGAUGAAUCGCACCUUGCUUCUGGAUUCCGUUCGCAAGAUCAUGACCGUUUGCUCUGAGGAACUGACGGUGAUUCGAAAGUGUGGAGACGACCUAUUCCUCGAAGCCUCUUUGGGCCUGAUAGACCAUGCCUACUCUUUGAAUGGAGACGUUGGCCGCUGCCACUUUCAGACAGAUAGAUUCACACAGGCACCCAUCCAGCACAAUAUGAAGAAGGUCUUUAUGGCGAUGGAGGAGUGGAAGAAGCCUCUCUUUACGCUUUGCCUAUUGGCCCUACGUCAGCUGGUGCCACCGGAGGUGUGUGCCUUAAAGCUCAGUGCUAUGGUGGAGCGGGGCCUAGCGUGUCCGCAGGUGCAGGUGACAUCUUUCUCCUUCUUGGCGCUGCUGUGUGCAGACAUGAUGUUUACAGACGUUGCUGGUGCAACCUCCGCGCGACAAAGAUUCGGGAGGUGCCUGGACCACUGGCUGGAUGCAUAUAAGGAGCAGGCGCUGAUUACUGCCUAUACGGAGCCAGCGAAGUUCUAUUGGGCCUCCACCUCGGGUCGCUUUGGAUGUCCCCCUUGGCUGGAAGAGAACGUGGAGGCUCAUGCGCUGAAUUGGUAUGUGGCUAUGUUGGGGAGUACGCUGGGCAUCCAGCUUCCCCAUCUUCCAGUCUUUUGGGAUACCUUUGCCCCGCCAGUGGUGGACUUUUGGGAAGGUUUAAGCGAGGAGGUCUGGGAGAUUUUCUGCCUCCCAGCCAACUUUGGGCGUCGCUGGAAGAAUAUCUCAGCCCUAGCUGCGCGGCGACAGGGACAGGUCCCUCUAGUGACGAAUGGCCGACUGCUGGGUGGACACUUCCCUUGGAAGACGGCAGGUCAUCAUACCGUCUACGCUUUGGGCGCCGCCAUGGAAGCUGAGUUGUCCAGGGGGGCCGGGCACUUCGCCAAUGAGGCGGUGAACCCUUCGGAUGCGGCAAAGCCCAAGAGAGAACUCCUUGCCAGGCAUCCGGCCGCUCCGGCGAUCCCGGAGUUGGAAGAUGGUAGAAACCUACUUGAGGGUGCCAGACCCACUUAGUAACUGGGC